AUCGGAAGUUCGGGGACAUGUCAAUGUGGUGAUUUGUGGAGUUGUUUGUUAUUUACAGCGAAAUCGCUUAAUAAUUUAUUUCUUUUAUUACAAGAGAUCAACUUAUUUAAUUACGACCUGUCGGCAUUCCAAAGUAUAGUAACGUGUUCGCUCUGUUUCUAUAUCUACAAGUCGAAUUAACGAGGAAGAACCAGACAACGGAUUAAGAUAGCCAUGGAAGCGAUGGAUAUUCAGGCCGUGGAGUCAAAAUUGAGUGAUGUAACCGUCACAGCCAUUCCAAUGAGCGGUAAAAAUGUACACAAGGAGCUGGGUCAUGGUGGUAGCAGUCACGCGACCAUCUCAACAGUUCCGGCUUCCUCGCCAUCCUCUGUUGGAAAAGACAAGGACAACGGCACUUCCAAUAUGAACGUGACGUGGAGAAAUAUUUGCAAGUGGAACACUGAAUACAGUGCAGAUUCGGUUGAAUGGUGUCCCGUGGAACCUCACAAGAACGUGCUCGUAUGCGGAACUUAUGAGCUAGCGGAAAGCGACGAAGAUCAAUUGGCGCAGAAACAAACAAGACUCGGAAAAAUAUUUCUAUUCGUAAUCAAUCAGGACGCGACAGAAAUAAAACCAAUACAAACUGUAAAUACCUCUGGGAUUUUGGACUUGAAGUGGUGCAAUCACAAAUUGGAGGGCCACGCUGUCUUAGCAGCGGUGACGUCGAUCGGUGAAUUACGAAUCUACCGUCUUUUCAAUGACGAAACUUUGAAUUUAAAAUUAUGGAGCGAACACGUUAUUGGUCAAGACAUAUUAGCGUUGUCACUUGAUUGGUCGACGAAUAAAACGGACAGUGAUGUACAUAAUUUAGUAGUCAGCGAUUCGUCGGGAUGCGUCACGAUUCUGACCGUUAAUGGAAAUGGAAUAGAGAAGAGAUUGUCGUGGAGAGCGCAUGGCUUCGAAGCUUGGAUCGGCGCUUUCAAUUAUUGGGACACGAACCUGCUUUAUUCAGGAGGCGACGACUGCCUGUUGAAAUGCUUCGAUGUUCGCGUACAAGACGGACCCGUGGCUGUAAACAAAUCACACGAGGCCGGUGUUACCUCAAUCAGGAGUAACGUUGACGUGGAGCAUCAGUUGCUCACUGGAAGUUACGAUGAAAAAGUCCGGCUCUGGGACGCCAGAAAAAUGAAAUCGUGCAUCAGCGAAACUUGCGUCAACGGCGGUGUGUGGCGUUUGAAGUGGCACCCUAACACACCGAACGUCGUUCUAGCGGCUUGCAUGUACGGCGGAUUCCGUAUAUUACACAUCGAUGACGGUGUAAAUGUCGUCAGUGAGUACUUGGAGCACUGCAGCAUCGCUUACGGCGCGGACUGGUGCCACGGACGGGAUCUGGUGGCCACAUGCUCCUUCUACGAUCGCAGUCUACAUUUGAGUGAAAUUCAAUUAAAUCUAGACUCUAAGUGUAGGAGUAAACUAGUAAUCAAAUAAACGAUUCUUUGCUACGCGGCGGUUGAAUUAAAAUUAAAUUAAAUUGUUCUGGAA